GCACCACCACCGGCCUCGCACCCCCCCCCCCGACAAACUCACAGCACGACACCAUGCCUCCUCAGAAGAAGCGCACCGCCGACUCGGACACCAAGAACGGCUCGACCAAGGCCAGCCACUCGAAGAGCGCCAACGCCGCCAAGUCGAGCCGGGUCAUUGCCGUCACGGCCGUCGACGGCCACACGGGCUCGUCGCUCGUCGAGCUCCUCCUGUCCGACCCCGACUUUGACGGCAAGUUCGCCAAGGUCGUCGGCCUCACCUUUGGCGAGCCCGGGCCCGACGCCAAGGACAUCCUCGACGAGUACUCGGUCGAGACGAUGCCCGCCGACUCGCUCGACGAUGCCAAGCUCAAGGAACUCGGCGUCGACACGCUGUGCCUCAUCCCGCCGGCGCGCAAGGACAAGCUCGACCUCGUCAAGCAGGUCCUCGAGGUCGGCAAGAAGGCCAAGAACGUCAAGAACCUCGUCUUUGUCUCGAGUGCGGGCUGCGACUAUGCCGAGCGCGACAAGCAGCCGCACCUGCGCGAGUUCAUUGACCUCGAGGUCCUCGCCAUGGCGCCCAAGUCGGACCCGUCGACCGAGGACACGGGCCACUCUCCCUGCAUCGUUCGUGCCGGCUUCUACCUCGAGAAUCUCCUCCUCUACUCGAAGCAGGCCCAGGGCGAGGGCAAGCUCCCGAUCCCGAUCGACGAGGACCACAAGUUUGCGCCUGUCGCGCUCGGCGACGUGUGCCUCCUCCUAGCCAAGAUCCUCACGUCAGAAGGCGAGCACGGCCUCGCCGACGAGGUCCGUGGCUCGAUGAUCCCUCUCACGGGUCCGCAGCUCACGGCCGGCCCAGAGCUCGCCGAGGCGGCGUCGCAGGCGCUCGGCGCGCCGCUCAAGUUCCACAGCGUGCGCGAGGGCGAGGCCAAGAAGAUCCUCCAGGGCCCGCAGGGGCAGGAGCUCGACGACUCGGAGCGCGCCUACCUCCUCGAGUACUACUCGCUCGUGCGCGAGGGCAAGACCAACUACGUCGCCGGAAGAGUCACGUUCCGCGGCGUGACGGGCCAGGACCUGACCGAGCCGACGGCAUUCUUCGAGGCGUACAAGGACAGUUUCGCGCGCAAGAAGCGCCGCACGACGGCGGCGUCGGGCAAGAAGGACGAGUAGAGCGGCAGCGAGACGGGCGCGGGUUUCCUCGAGCUUGGAGAAGCGAGGCGGGCUUGACGAGGACGAUGAAGAUGACGACGACGACAAAGCUGUGCAAAGGAAUCCUGCAGUACUCUCU